GAUGGGUGAGAUAGUAGCUGUUGGACAGCAAUGAACAGUGCCUAACUCAAGUUUAGUAGACACAAUGCACAAAAUGGAAUAUUUGUAGGUUGUGUAGUAACCCAACUUAUAAUAUUGUUCCUUUGAGAAAAUGUGUUCUUAGCACCAAAGAGAACUUUUGGGAAACAAUACUUGAAUAUAAUCCAAAAUGCAUGGAGUGAAAUUCACACAUUUAUCUUUCAAAGUAUACUUAACAUAAUUCCAUCUUUCUUGGGCCCUUCAGGAGGUAUUCUUAGAAUCUUCUAGGUUGAGAAUCAGAAUCAGGCUGUGCCUGGUGGCUCAUGCCUGUAAUCCCAGCACUUAGGGAGGCUGAGGUGGGCGGAUCACUUGAGGUCAGGAGAUGGGGUUGCAGUGAGCCAAGAUAGUGCCACUGCAUUCCAGCCUGGGUAACAGAGCAAGGUCUUAAAAAAAAAAAAAAGAAUCAAAUGUGAACAUAGACUGUCAUUAAAAUCAACCUAACAAUCCCAUAGGCUGUUUACUUUUUUUUUAAUAAACUUAGAAAUUAUCAUUUCUAGUCUUAAGGUUGAAACUUACCUUUGUUUUAUCUGAGUUCCUUCCUCAGGAAAGGACCCCCAGGGCCUCUCAACAAGUAUCAAAAAACUGAAACUCACCAUAUCACCGCAUUCCAGACAAUGAGAUGCCAAGCCCCUCAUGCAUCCCCAUAGCUUCUUUCCCCCUCCCGAGUUCCUCUUUUCCCACACAUUGUUAACAUUGCUUCCCUGCAACUGUAUAAACCCUUAAUCUUAGUUGGUCAGGGCAAUGGAUUUGAGACUGAGCUCCCAUCUCCCUGAGUGCAGCACCCUACUAAAGCCUUCCUUGGUAAUAAUGGUUGUCUCAGUGAUUUGUUUUCUGUGAGGGGGCAGCAGGUCCUAGAACAAAACCCUGGUGCUCUGGUGACAUUCUGUUGUAGAUAUUUAGAAGGAUGGUUAACAGAGUUUACCUGUUAAUUUGUUCUGCUGUCCUCACAAAAAGUGGUAUUGCCAGCUGCACAUAAAUAUUUGAUUCAUCCACCCGCCCCCCUUCCCCACCACCCCUCCCGCCGACCCCAGCCAUGAUGGCACAGGGAAACUGAGGUCACAGGUAAACAGCAGACCGCGUCUGGACUCCACAUCCCGCGCUCAUCCUGCUCCACGGCAGGAAGCUCGUUCAACACACAUGCACUGCGUGCCCAUGUGGGUGCCAGGCUGCGGCUGUGUCCUGUGCAGGCAAAGGGACCUAGGGAAGAUGCAGGUCCAGUGGGGUGGGAAAGUAGGGGCAGAAAACCAAGAUUCUCACAGCCCUGCAGUGUGGAGUAAGAGAGAGCUCAUUACACCUCUUGUCAAGGGAACAAAGGAUCCCCGCCAGGCCCCUCUUGUGCACCCAGCGCUCCCCCCAGGCGCCUUGGAGACCCGGCCGGGCCCGUCGCCGGCCUCCAGCCACAGGCGUCGCUGUGCGCUCGCGCGGGCCCGGGAGCCGCGUUCCGCCGGGAGCAGGCGCUGGCGUAGAGCAGGGGUUUCAGUUUCUGGCGCGAACUUCCGCCGUACCGAAGUUGCACGGCGAAUUGGCACUAUGUCUGGGGACGGCAGCGGCCGCGGGCCCGAGGGCCGGGGCCGGGGCCGCGACCCGCAUCGGGAUCGCACCCGCUCCCGCUCCCGCUCGCGGUCCCCUUUGUCGCCCAGGUCCCGCCGCGGCUCUGCGCGGGAGCGCAGAGAGGCCCCAGAGCGCCCGAGCCUGGAGGACACAGAGCCGUCGGAUUCCGGGGACGAGAUGAUGGACCCGGCCAGCUUGGAGGCGGAGGCCGACCAAGGCCUGUGCCGCCAGAUCCGCCAUCAGUACCGGGCGCUCAUCAACUCCGUCCAACAAAACCGUGAGGACAUACUGAAUGCCGGCGACAAAUUAACAGAGGUCCUUGAAGAGGCUAACACUCUGUUUAAUGAAGUGUCCCGAGCAAGAGAAGCAGUCCUGGAUGCCCACUUUCUUGUUUUGGCUUCAGAUUUGGGCAAAGAGAAAGCAAAGCAGCUGCGCUCAGACCUGAGCUCCUUUGACAUGUUAAGAUAUGUUGAAACUCUACUCACACAUAUGGGUGUAAAUCCGCUAGAAGCUGAAGAACUCAUCCGUGAUGAAGAUAGUCCUGAUUUUGAAUUCAUAGUCUAUGACUCCUGGAAAAUAUCAGGCAAAACAGCAGAAAACACCUUUAAUAAAACCCAUACAUUCCACUUUCUGUUGGGUUCAAUAUACGGAGAGUGCCCUGUGCCAAAGCCACGAGUUGAUCGUCCAAGAAAAGUUCCUGUGAUACAAGAGGAGAGGGCAAUGCCUGCCCAGUUAAGAAGAAUGGAAGAAUCUCAUCAAGAAGCAACAGAGAAAGAAGUAGAAAGAAUCUUGGGAUUGUUGCAGACAUAUUUUCGAGAAGAUCCUGAUACCCCAAUGUCCUUCUUUGACUUUGUGGUUGAUCCUCAUUCUUUCCCCCGUACAGUGGAAAACAUCUUUCAUGUUUCCUUCAUUAUACGGGAUGGUUUUGCAAGAAUAAGACUUGACCAAGACCGACUGCCAAUAAUAGAGCCUGUUAGUAUUAAUGAAGAAAAUGAGGGAUUUGAACAUAACACACAAGUUAGAAAUCAAGGAAUUAUAGCUUUGAGUUACCGUGACUGGGAGGAGAUUGUGAAGACCUUUGAGAUUUCAGAGCCUGUGAUUACUCCAAGUCAGAGGCAGCAGAAGCUAAGUGCUUGAUGCUAGCUGAAGGACUCAAAUGGAUAGUGAAGUCCAAAACGGAAAGCAGCAUGUAUUGUACAUAUUGUAUGAUUCAACAUUUUUAAAGGCCGAUUGUUUUUAGUAAAAUGUAGCUUUUGAUAGUUAAUAAAUUUGUCAUGGUUGUCUUUGAUUAAAGGAAACUCACCGCCAUAUUCACAAA